GUAAAGGGCGUGGCUAAUUAUUAAAUCAAAAUGGCUACCAAAGAGGAAGAGGAAUUUAACGAAGACUCAUGGACUCACUUAACGCUAGAGCCUCCGGCCGAGCCGCCAUUAGAGGAGAGAGGAGGUGAAGAAGAGGCCGAGAGGAAGAGCUACGUUCCCCUGGAGCACCAGGAGUGCCUGUCACUCUUUGAUGAUGACGGGAGACUUGUUAAGGAGGCUAAACUGAGGAAAUCACUAUUUGAAGGAGGGGUAACUGCUUCAUGGCGUCCUCAUAUUUGGAAGUUUUUAUUUCAAAUUUAUCCUUUCAACUCAACCCACAGGGAGCAGAAGACCAUUGAUCUAGAGAAUAGGGCCAAGUACAAGGCAUUACAUGAUCGUUGGGUGGUUCUUGAUAAAACAGUCAAUCUACCUGAUGAAGAGCCCAGCUCAGACCCACUGGAGUACCUAUUGAGUUCAGAUGAUGAAAACACCGAAGAGAAAGCUGUCAAGUCUUUGGUGUAUAGUUUUGCUGAGCAGGUUACGCUCAUGGACCGGUCUAUACCUCAAGCUCCACCCACUCCUCAAGAACCAGCAGACCAGACCCAUCCUGACCACACCCUCCCUGAUCACCUGACUCCUGAAACCUGUCCUCACUGCAACAAGGUCUUACGAAGGACGGACAGUAUGGCCACGCCUCUUGACACUGAGAGUACCUCUUUAUUGGCAAUACUUGAGUUCCCCUCCAGUGUCUAUGCAACGAGACAGCCAGUGGACCUCAUGGGGUCCUAUCCCAAGAGCAAACGAGUGAUACUGAGAGACGUUAAGAGAACCGACCGAACAAUGCACUACUUCAGUCAUAAAAGAAAUUUGAGGAAAGUCCACAGGUUAUUACACAUUUAUGCUUUAUUUCAUCCAGACAUUGGGUACUGUCAGGGGAUGAAUGACAUCCUCUCUCGGUUUCUGGUGGUGACGGACUCUGAGGUUGACAGUUACUGGAUGUUCUGUAAUUAUAUGCACAUUAAGAGACACGACUUCAUUGAAGAGACGAUGAUGAAUAAAAUAUUGCUGGUCCCAAUGUUAUUAAAAGAAAUGGAUGAAGAAUUACAUAAAUUCUUUCAAGAAUCAGAAUGUAACGAUUAUCUAUUCUGUCACAGGUGGCUAUUGUUAGAUUUUAAAAGGGAGUUUAGUUUCUCAGACAGUCUUCGGUUGCUUGAGGUAAUAUCGAGUCAUUACUUGACACUCUCAAGUCACCGGGCACUCAAGGAACUUGAUAAAGCAGCAGCUGAAGAAUUUGCAGCAGAAGAUGGUGAGGUUCGAUCAGCUGAUGCUACAGUCAAUACAGAGUACAGUUUUGACGUGUUCAUUUGUGUUGCCAUUUUAAUUUUGAACAAGCAGUCGGUUUCAGUUGAUAAUGAUGCUGCUAGUAUAUACGGCUGCUUGAACAAUUUGUCUAAUAAAAUGAAUAUCAAUGCUGUAUUGUCGAAAGCUGAGAGUCUCUUCUACUCAUACUGCCGGCAAAGCAUUAAAAAGAGUUUUAAAGAAAUAGACCUUUAACAGAACAACAGGUGCUAGCAAAAAUCAGCAAAAAGCCAGAAUGAUAGCAAAAUAAUAAUAACAUUAAAUAAUAAUAAUAAUUGUUAUUGUCAUUUUAUUAAUAAUAACAAUAAAAUAGCU